CGGAAGUACUCGGGGAGGGCCGCGCAGUCGGACCGGCUGCUGAGACGAAAGCUUCACUGGGGCAGUCUCCGCAUAUCAUGGGGAGAUAGACGCUGCUGCCUGUAGCUUUUGAAAAUGGCUGCCUCUCAGUUCACCGGGCUCACAGCUGUUGCUGAUGUAAUUAAAGAUCUAGACACUCAGAUAGCUUCCAUUGGCCUUGGUCCUCACAGCUCCAAAAAGAAACAGGAUCUUGAUAAGCUCUAUGAGCUGAAGUCCAAAGCUCGACAGAUUAUGAACCAGUUUGGCCCCUCAGCCCUAAUCAACCUCUCCAAUUUCUCAUCCAUAAAACCGGAACCAGCCAGCACCCCUCCACAAGUCUCCAUGGCCAAUAGCACUACAGUGGUAAAGAUACCAGGCACUCCUGGGACAGGGGGUCGUCUUAGCCCUGAAAACAAUCAGGUAUUGACCAAGAAGAAAUUACAGGACUUAGUAAGAGAAGUGGACCCUAAUGAGCAACUGGAUGAAGAUGUGGAGGAGAUGCUGCUGCAGAUUGCUGACGAUUUUAUUGAAAGCGUAGUGACAGCCGCCUGCCAGCUUGCUCGGCAUCGCAAGUCCAGCACCCUGGAAGUGAAAGAUGUCCAGCUACAUCUAGAGCGACAGUGGAACAUGUGGAUUCCAGGAUUCGGCUCUGAAGAAAUCCGACCGUACAAAAAAGCUUGCACUACAGAAGCUCAUAAACAGAGAAUGGCAUUGAUCCGGAAAACAACCAAGAAAUAACACACGGAAAGGUCAGGAAAUGGACAACAAUGUAUUUGGAGAUACUUGAGCUGAGACCUCAGCCAUCUCAUUCUUGGAAUUUUUUUUUAAAUGCUUUACAGAGAAGCAUAUAUUUUUUAUUAACAGUGCAGCAAUAUCUAUAAUGACUGAGAUGAUCUGCCAAAAGAAUAAAGCCUCCUACCCUACUUCUGGUCCCUUUUCCCUGCCGUCUCAACGAGGAGCAUUAUAUCUUCCAGAGAAGAUUUUAUUUGUGGUUUAUUAUAAGUGAUUGAAUAUGGGACAAAGCAUCAUGGUCUUGGGUGAGACAGUAUUAGCAGGAUUUGUAGAGGGUUUUGUUUCCUCCUCUUUUCCCGUGUUCCCUGUACUUUGUAAUGUCAGUGUUUAUAUGAACAUGAAUUUGAUUUGCUUUUCCAGAAUAAAGAAGUUAUUAAU